AUGGCCGCACCUCCGCCGCGGCGUGAUCCUAACGCAAAUGUACCGCCAGCGCGUGAGAUGAAAGGCAAGACCAAGUUUUCACAAUGGACGGAAAAAAUGUUUGACAAGGGCACCAAGGUGUCGGACUUUUUCUCAGGGUACGCGAACGGCGCGUCCAACUGGCUCGGCGGAGAGCGGUUUUGGCCUGCGACUGGCGAUUUUCCCCUUGAGGUUGAAAAGUGCGCGCGAAUACUUCGCAACUUUACGCGAGAGGGUAUCCCGGUGAAGGAGAGAUUGGAAUCGGAAGGGAAGAAGAAGCUCCUCGAUCGCGAAGUGGUGAAAAAGAUUCCACCGCAAGUGAUCCGCAACGCAAAAGGUCUGUGCAUCUACUCGAGUAUGAAGAGUGGUAUAGCACCGUUUGGUGGUAUGGGAGGUUCGGGCUUGCUGGUAGGCCGCCUUCCGGACGGAUCGUGGUCGCCGCCUUCGUGCAUUUUGCCGAACAACACGACUGCGGGUUUGAUGCUAGGACUUGAUAUUGCAGAUAUCAUCCUUGUCAUCAACACAGAUGAGAUGCUGGAAUCGUUCAAGUCGCACAAGUUUUCCUUAACGAUAGAUACUGCUGCAGCUGCCGGCCCAAUGGGAGCUUCGUAUUCGGGCAGCCUGGACAUUAAAAAGAAGCCGGCGCCAAUAUUCUCCUACGUGCAUUCCCGCGGCUUUUACGGAGGAAUUGAAGUGGCAGGACAAGCAUUCCUCGAUCGGUUUGACGAGAACGAACGCGUGUAUUACUGGCCAGGGAUCAAAGCGGGGGACAUUCUUGCAGGGAAAGUUAGGAUUCCAGACAGUGCAAAGCCGCUCAUGGAAGCUUUAUAUGAGGCUGAGACGGGUAUUGCGCAAGGCGGCGUGCUCGAAUUGAUGGGACCUGUGGAUUUGCCAACCGGUCCUGAUACGAGUGCUUUACUGGAUGAAAAGAUGGCCGUGCUUAAGGAUGGCGAAAAGAUUCAGUUACCACCCACACCGGCUCAACUGGAAGCAAUGGAGAUGAGCGGGUUUAAGGAUGAACAUGACGAGGCAAUUGAACGCAAGGAGCGAGAAGCUAUUCGCAAUUUGCCUCCUCCUCCGAGGCACCCUGGGACUAGUGCUACCUCGAUAAGAAAGGCUCCGCCGGUUGCCGGAGAAACAGAUGUGCUUAUCGAAAAGCUUGAAGAGAACCCUACCAAACAAGACGCUGUUAAGAGUAAUGGUGACGACAAGACAGACACUCAUGAAAGCGAUGCUAUACAACCUAAGGAUGUAGCGAACGAAGAGACUCUUGCCAAAACUACAAUGAGUAUCACAAACUAG